UUCUCAUUUGCCUCUUCAUCUCCAUUCAAUUUCAACAACAAUGGGUUGUUGCAUAAGCAAAUUUCGACCCAAGAAAUCAAAAAUUUCCAUAGAAGAAUUAAACCACGUUCAAGACAAGCUUGUCAUCUCACAAGCUCCCAAAAUUCCAACUCCAAUUCAUCUCUCAAACAAAAUUUCCCCAUCUCCUGCUUCACUUCCCAGUUGUACUUCGUCUGUUUCUUCCUUUACUUGCAGUACAGGCAACACUGCUGAAUCAUGCUCAUCAAUCUCAACUGCAUCUUCCGUCUUGAGCUCCAAAGAUAGAUCUUUCUCCAAUGAGUUUCUUUGGUCUUGUGUCAAGGAGAAUCCGCAUAUAGUUCGCAUUAAUUCCAUCAAGGAAGCUGCUCUCUCUUUAGCAACCUCCAAAGUUCAUGCUCAAAAGUUUGAUUCACCUGCUAAAUCAUUUCUGGCACCAACGCCGAUCAAACACUCAAUCCCACAAAGGAUAAAUGGUUCUACACCACAAAAGAGAGUCCGGUCAAGCUCACCAACUACUUUAACGCGACAAAAGAGCUUUCGUAUGGAACCAGAGAGGCAGAAUUCUUCGUAUUCUUUGCCGAGUAGAACCUUGAGAUCACCAUCUCCUAGUAGGAGAUUUACUAGUGGUGAAAGUAACAGGGGAUUUUUGACAAAUACAACUAAAGAAAGUUGUUCAAAGCGAGUGGUUGGAGCAAAGGUAAAUGCAAUAAAUUCCGUUUGUUCUUCUCUAAGAAAAGAAAAUUUCAGGCCUGCAAGUCCAAGCAACAAUAGUUCAAUGGGAUUGCGGCUUUGUUCGAGGAAUAGAGAUACUUGCACUUAUAGAAUUGGUUCUAAAAUUGAUGAAGUUGCAGCGGGAGAAGCAGUAGCUCAGCAUGAGAGUGAGUGCAUUCCCAUGGAAGACAUUGAUAAUCCUCUAAUCUCAUUGGAUUGUUUUAUUUUUCUGUAG